AUGGCUGAAGAUACUCGAGCGAUCGUUGAAGAAGAGGAAAUUGUACAAUCUAUAAUGGAAGAAACAGAAGAGUGUGAAGCUUACAUAGAACAACGGGAACAAGAUAAUGAAUCGAACGAGAAUGCAGUGAUUGAUGAGGGUAUUAAGCAUGCUGAAGAUAUUCUGCGUAACAUCUUAGAGUCGUAUGGUGACCAUAUGAUACUAUUUGUCAAUGGGCCAACUUCUGACCUUUCAGAAGAAGUAUGUGUUCAAGAAUUAUUAUUAGUCUAGAUUGGUUUAAUAAUAAAUACAAAUAUAUAGCAAUUUAUUUGUACGAUUUUUGCUUAAUUUGCCUAUAGUUUACGAACUGUAAUUAAGAUUUGAUUAAAAUAUAUACUUAUUUAUUUAUUUAGACCUUAAAAAUUGAGUCGAUAAUCAAUGAAUUUACCUCUAUUCGUUGAUACUUUUUUUAAGCAUUGCUAAACGCG